UGCUCCGAGAAGUAUUCGCGUCUUCUCCGCGAGCGCAUCGUCUGCUCCGGGUCUUCUUCCUCACUACGCGAAAAGGAGCGCGCGCGCCAUCAUCCAACAUUCGGGGAGUAGUAGCGCGCUCGUGCACGUCUUCUGCUAGGCCCACCCGGUAUCGUCUGCUUCGGUUCAGUUUGGUUCGGCACGUCGUCUGCCGCGGUGCAAGGCUUGUUCUCGACUUGUGUGGUGUGGUGUUCCGUGGAAGUCCCUCUCUUCGCAACCCUACCGGCUUAAUUUCUCCGAAACUGUUCUUCUCGGUAGUGCGUGUCUGCGAAAACGCCAAGAAUAGGAAGAGAGGAGCUCCAACAUCAAGAGUGGAGUUAACCUUUUUUUUUUACCUUUACCUAUACAACAUCCCAACCACUUUACACAGUCGGUCGUCUGCUACGUUCCAGACGACCCAUCUGCUCCAACGUACAGCAGACGACAACAGACGCAGAGGACAGAAGAAAAAAAUGUUCAGGUGCAAGCCCUCCCAGCUGUGGUCCCUGGGCCUACUGGUCGCGCUCCUGCUGGUCCUGUGCGGAUCCCACGGCGCCUCGGGGUUCCUCACCGGCCGACGGAGCAGGCAGUAACGCCGCUUCGGGAGCCCUGGUGGCGUCUUCCUUCCUGCGCUCCCUGUGGAAGCGAGCCUCGAUGGGCGCCUCGAUGAGAAACUCGAUGCGUGACUCGCCCAUCUACUACGUCAGCACCUUCGUGCGCAACAAGACGCCCGCCCAGCAGCAGGCGGCCGUGCUGUCGCCGCUCUUCAAGAUCCCCAUCGAGUUCAUGUCCAACGCGAGACCGCUCGACGUGGUGAAAGGCAUCCGAAAGCCGUCCUACGCGAAGCCCUACCGGAAACAGUCGCUCUACCAGACGUCCAAGAUGAUCUUCCUGCCGCUCAAGUUCUUGGCCAAUGGCAAGCCCCGCCGACGCGUCGUCAUCAAGACCCCGCCCCACUACUUCCGGAUAUAACAGAUCCAAGCACGAAAAUAAAAAAGAAGAAGAAGAAACGAAAAAGAAAACGACGACGCGGCAACGCGCGUCACUAGUGAUUUCCGCCCUGAGCGUCUCGGACUCAUCCGUGCACGUCGUGACGUGAACAACUGGACUGGUUCACUGCCAGGUGGCCCUUCAUGACGUCAUCAUCGGGCCCUCGGUAGCGACACGAUCGGACCGCAGUGAAAACAUAUUUGCAGUGCGAGCAUGUGCGUGUGCGUGUGUUA